AUGAGUUACAAAAAUAUAGCGACUGUUCUUGGCAGUGCUGCAGUCGGUGGUGGGAUUGCCAAUUAUUUAUUUGGUAGAUCAUCGAAGGCCCCAGCUGGCGAUCAGACGGUUCCAUCGAAGCUAGAACCUGCACCCAGUCGCCCAGAUGGAAGCGUUAGUUUGGUUGGAUCAAGUGUGAAUCCCUCUGGUUUCUUUCAAUACGGCUUUCCAGGGCCAAUCCAUGAUCUACAGGGCAGAGAUGAGUUUGUUUCUUGCUACAACAGACAGACAAGAAAUCCGUACUGGGUUGUGGAACAUAUAACAAGUGAAUCACUGGCUGCAAGGAAUGCUGACAGAAAGUUUUCGUUCUUUAAGGAGGAUGAAGCAAUUCCAGAGAUAUUUCGCGGGAAGUUGAAAGAUUACUUUAGGUCUGGAUACGAUAGAGGUCACCAAGCUCCCGCUGCGAAUGCCAAGUUUACUCAAAAGGCUAUGGAUGAGACCUUUUUCUUGACUAAUAUUAGUCCCCAAGUCGGAGAUGGAUUCAACAGGGACUAUUGGGCGCACCUGGAAUACUUUUGUAGGCAAUUGACCAAGAAGUAUACUAGCGUGAGAGUCGUUACAGGCCCUCUUUAUUUACCAAAAGUGGAUCCUGUAGAUGGGAAGACCAAAGUCUGCUACGAAGUAAUUGGAAAUCCACCUAACAUUGCAGUUCCCACGCAUUUCUUUAAGCUAAUCGUAGUGGAAAAGCCGGUUGGGAAUUUAAACACUGAUAACAUAUCUGUGGCGGCUUUCGUCCUUCCUAACGAUGUCAUCCCUAAUGAGACCAAAUUGACGGAUUUUCAGGUGCCAAUUGAUGCUUUGGAGAGAAGUUCAGGCCUCCAAUUUUUGCAAAAGGUACCACCGAAUAAAAGGAAGGAACUUUGCAAAGAAGUGAAUUGCCAAAUUACUGUCAGAGAGUUUCAAAAGGCUCUUCCUCCACCAAAAGAAGUUCUGGGAUUGCCUGGCCCAGGGAAGUGA